AAUGAUUGCAAGUUUUGCUAUUCCCAGUCAUCAGCCGAGUGUCGAGACGAACGGACAUGGAAAAAUCUAAAGUGUUAAAAUUACGGCCAAGUUAUGCAAUAGCUUCCCGUGUGAGUUUACUGCAAGUGUUUGAAGAAUACUCUUGCAUAUUUUGAAGUUUUUUUCUUCCCAAAUUUCACUCUAAAUGUAGGUGUAGGAAAAACAUUAUCAUCUCGUACGGAUCGGGGGUGUACGCUGCUGUGCUUGCUCUCAUGCAUUGGUUGUCUGUCCAUAUGAAGGCGGAAAAAGUUCGGAACUUUAAUGGAUGUUUGGAAAAGUUGUUCUUCUCUUUGGGGGCCUGUUAGUGUGUGCAACCCAGAAGCACCGAAAAAACAAAACCAAAGCCAAGUAAACAAUUGUUCUUUAGCAUAAUCGGGCCGAAGCUAAAGCAGAAAUUGCUGGUUUUUAUACGAUAUCGUAAAAAGAAGUGAAGUGUAUGCAUCACGGUAGGAUGCUUUAGAAAAAGUGUAUGCGGUUUUUUAGUUCUCGGUGCAAUUAUUGGAUAUACCUUUCGAGGAGUACACAGUCCAUAGCGGAAAACUCUUAUUUCUGAUUUUGGAAUAUAUGUUGCAGGGAAUUGAAACACAUAACCAUCAAAUUGGAUUGAUGCCAAAUGUGAGAAACUAAUAAAGUUAUGAAAUACUUACUAUAUGUGCCAAAUGACGUAUUACGUGCAAGAUUCGAAUCGCAUUUGCGGUCAUAUAUUGUGCUGAUUUGAUAAAAUUAUCUGUUCAAAUAAUAGUUAUGUUAUUUGAUCCAAUUAGUGAUUGUGAUUAAGAUAACUAAAUACGAAGAAACCUUGAAAUACUCACUAGCAUAAAUCUAGUUAUCAGUAUUUCUUAGAUCAUGUGAAAGGAAAGGGUGUUGAAAGAUUAUCGGUGGUGUAUUUUGUAUUGAAUGUACCGGUUUUGUUGCGAACGCUAACGCAUUUUGUGAAUUCAAUUCAAUGCAACCUUUAUAUGUCAUGCAGCUUUGAAAAAGUGUUCGAAGGAAUUUAAGUAAGGUGGAACUCAACUGCUGAGACAACUACACAACUCUAAGAAUCCUGUGUGUUAACCACCACCACUGUCUGUAAAAGUGCUGCUAAUUCUACUUCAUUCGAAGGAAUCUCACUAGUGUCUAUUGAGGUGAAAAUAACUAAUAGUAACCAUCCCAUUCGAUGUGAUAGCACUAAAAUAAUAAUAACAAUAACGUUAACAAUAAUUGCUGUUGUGGAAAUAAUGGACAUGUGCAAAAUGUCAUCGAGGAUACCUCGUCGCCAGUUGAUGAAACAUGUAAUCAUAAAUGCGACAUGUUUGCUAAUUAUAUGCGCAGCUGCUGCCGCCCCAUCGCCCACUCGAGCGGAGGAUAUGGUGAAAUCAGGAAUAAGAGAUGGAGGCAAUGAACGAAAGAGCACCAGCAGAACCAGUCGUGUACAAUCGAUUUCCGACUACGUUGGCGCCGGAAACAGACCAGACAAUAAGCAGCCGCUCUCUGUGCAUAGAAAUUUGCUGCUCGAGCGAAAAUUUUAUGAGAAUAACCACGAUAAAACUUUAUCUCCCGUAAAGUCUGAUUAUGGUAUUAAGGAUUUGGAUAUCAAACGUAACACCCAGUUUAGUACACUUGUAAGAUGGAAGAGGAACUCUAAUAACUUCAGUACAAAUAGUAAUUUUAAUAUUCUAAAUUUAUCCAACAAGAAUCUCAGUAACGCAAAACAGUUGGCAGACGAGUUAUCAAACUAUAGCCACAUGCAAAGCAAUUACGAGAUUAGUCACUACUACAACCUUAGCGAUAUCAGUGCGUUAGAUCUAUCCCGAAACAAUCUUUCGGGUGAACUUCCGACAAUUGUGCAGAGAAACUUUUCCACCCUGUCUUGGUUGGACCUGUCGGAAAAUAAUCUCACCACAGCAGAAAAAUUAACUUUCCCAUCGCUGAAAUAUUUAAAUCUCUCCUGCAAUAGUAUAAAACGAUUUUCCAGCUCCCACCUGCGAAACUUGACAAGACUGGAUUUAUCGCAAAAUUCCAUCGCUAGCAGUGCUUCGCUCUCACCCCUCUUGCUGCGAAAACUUACUGAUCUAGAUCUCAGCUGCAAUCAAUUGGAAACAUUAGGAAAAAGUUUUCUCUUCCAAAUCCGUGCGCUGAAACGGUUAGAUUUCUCUGACAACGCAAUCAAGCGACUAAAUCGUUCCAUUUUCUAUAACCUUAUUAACCUCGAACAGUUGAAUCUCGCCGGUAAUCAGAUCGACGUUAUUGAAAAUGACACUUUCGCCUAUCUGCUGAAUCUACAAUUUUUGGACCUAUCUAGAAAUAAUAUCGGACCCGGCUCGAUUCGAGCACUGCAGGGUAUUCCGGCACUGAUUGGACUCUCACUGGCUAACAAUGUCCGACUCGGACCGGUUCUGCACGAAUUUGUCGCAUCCUGGAGUCUGAAAGAACUGGACGCUAGUGGAACUGGGCUGUGCAAGAUACCCACGGCUCUGGCGCAAUCGGUCAAAUCUCUGAAGCUAGCCAAUAAUUUGCUGAACGUAAUUCGAUGUGGCGACCUCGACAGCUACCCAUUGCUCCAACAAUUGGUUCUAUCAGACAAUCUGAUAUCGGACAUCGAGGACGAUGCGCUUGGUCGACUGGAGCUAUUGUCAACUCUCUUCCUGGACCGCAAUCGUUUAUCACGGGUACCGAUAAGUCUUCCGUCGAAUCUGGUCUAUCUAUAUCUGCAAAACAAUGAAAUUUAUGAAUUACAACCAAGUGUAUUUAGGAAUCUAAAAAAUCUAAGAACUCUCAAUUUAGCCGGAAAUAGGAUUGCUUACCUACCGGAGCUGCCACUAUUAGGUCUAGUCGUGCUGAACGUAAAACGUAAUGACCUGAAGGGGCUGAGUCAAUCGGUGGUGAAAACAUCGCCAAACCUGAGAGACUUUCUGCUGGAAAACAAUCCGGUUAGAUGUGCUGACUUGCUGGGCAUCGCUGAGUGGGCUAAACCGUGUCGCGACGAGAUGCUAUUUGAAGAUAGGAACUUCCAUGACAGUGAUGACAGUGGGAAUGAGUUUGAUAUUUUCGGAAGAUUUACUACUGGGCUCAAGCGGGACAGUAACUGUAAAAGGAAGAAAGAAAAAAAGCCGUCGAAAAUGGUGAACAAAAUAGCUUUAUUUAAAUCAAAGUGCCGAAAUGAAAAUUUAAUUAACCUGAACGCUCCAAAUCGCCUUAAAAGCGAUCAAACUACCGUGAAGCCUCCAUUACAAGGCGAUAAAAUCGGCCCACCGAUAACGACCGAAACAUUCUCCGCUGUAGGAACGGACAUGAUGAAUGAUAAGCCGGGUAGCACCACCGAGAAGAGUUUAUUGAAGAAUUUAAUGAUCUCAGAGGCUGAGCCUUCUAUAGCGCAUCCAACCAGUAACACGCCGCACCAGUUUGAAGACAAAGCAGUCAAGAAGGAUUCCAAAGCUGUUAUUAUCAGUGUGGAAAAGAAGGCCAACAUAAAUAAAAAUUUGAAUACGACCGAUUUGAACAAUUUUACAACAGUACCCCAACAACCAUCGCAAACGUUGACGAAAUUAAUGCAACUGAGUCUUAAUAAUAACACGCCAGAAGAUGUUAAAUCAAAUAAAGUGAAAGCUAUAAAAAAAGAUGACAGCAUCACACCAACGAAAAAGUCACCCACGAAAAUUGAAUUGAAAAUCAAGCAAGCGAGUCGUAAUCCAGCAAACGAUGAAAAAUCAGCGGCUAGUUCAACUGUGAACAAAGUCGUCAAUUUAACAGCAAUAACACCGAUUGUUAAUGUAACUGGAAGCGAACGUGACGAAGCAAAUGAUAGCAGCGCAACAAUUCCGCACCAAAAGAAUAAUGCCAACAAAAAUAGCUUAAUUCAAGCUGAUUUGAUGGAAUCAGUGGAAACGAGUCCGCACCCAACUGGCAGGGCAAGUACGGAUGACAAAUUGGCAGAAAUAACAUUGACAGCAGCAAUGGGACCCACGUUGCCAGCAAUACUGGUAGCGGAACCCUCGCUCAGACCGACCGAAGAAAAAUAUGAUACUGUGACCAACUGGCCGACUGGGGUACCACUGUUGACAGUAGCAAUGGACAUAAAGACAACAAACGUGUUCUCUGUCAGCAGUAGCGCCAGCCCUCAUCAGGAUGACACAGAACAAACAAAUGCUGGUACCAAAGACAGUUUGGAACAAAAUGCUACUCACACCGUGGUGCAUCCAAAGUCCCCAGCACAUGAGAUUAAAACCACCAUCAGUAAACCCAAUAUCAAACAGAAGCUGUUCCCAGUACGUUACAAUGCAACAAAGUCCCGCAAGAAUGUAAAUCACAUGAAGAUGAAAUUAAAAUUUAACCGUGAUCAACUACACGAUGAUGAAUUUCGCGAUAAUUUUGACACCGAACCCGCAGACCUUUUGCGGGAUAACUUCGGUUUUGGCCAUGAGCAUGGAAAUAACGCACAUCGGCGAAGCAAAUUUUCUAUCUACGACAGUAUCUAUUUGGCAUCGUUGAAAAACGCGAAUUUCAAACCGUUCCAUCAUUCCAUGCACGUACCCAAUGCUAGUUAUUCUGCAUCCAGAACCGCUUUCGGUACCGGCAGCAGUAGUAACGAAGGAAUUCCUGCCACGUCCGUGGAAACGUCGUCAAAAAUUCUACCACAAGAAUGGAAUGAUGUACGCCCAGUGUCAAAUGGUGGCUCUCAUUACGGUCUAUUCAUUGUGGUUGGGGCCACACUCGGUAUGCUAAUUUCGUUCGGUUUGUUCCAUCUCUAUUAUUGCCGUGUCCGGCGAGGUCAACAUCUGCACGGACAUCACCACCAUUACCGACAGCAUCCGCCCCACCAAAGCAGCAGUAGUUCUGCUCAUCAUCGCUAUUCAUACUCAUUCGAACAGGACGAUAGUGAUGAACGUCUCACGUACACUAUUUCAACCUCGGUACUAGACGGACCGAACGAAUCAGACAGCUCUCCAAUCCAUCAUCAACAACGGAACCGACGUUCACAGCAGGAUGUCCUCCAUAUGGAUAUACUAAAUCCACGGAAAUCAAAGCCGCUGUCCCGAAACCCAAGCAGCAGUAGUAGCGCUAGUAGUUGUUUCGAUGUCGACAGCAGUACUUCGGCCAAUAGUGAUUUGGGAGUCCUCCGACCUAGACCAGCUUACCCUGGCGGUUAUGGUAUCAGUAAUCAAGUGCCCCAACCACACAGCAACGCUGGGCAGCAACACCACAAUCGUAAUACUUCCAAUAAUCAUAAUUCGCAAAAACCGAGCAUGCACCAGGAUAAUGCCAUCGAUAGAUGGUGACGACGAUGACAAAGACGACAGCUUCAUUACUGUACAUUUAACGAUGCGUACAGUGUGUUCGAGUAAGACCAUAUUUUCCAUUCAAUGGACUCUUUUUUUGAGCAGGAAAGGGAGAAAAUACAAAAUUCACAGCUCAUAGUACAUUUUAGUGGCGUACAUAAAUGUCCCAACUGUCGAAAAUGCAGACCCAAUGAUUCCAACUACAAAGGACAUUCCAGAAAUUUCUGCUCACUCUGAAUUUUAAUCUGUUUUUGAAUGGUCAUUCAUUGUAUCGUUGGUGGCGACCACAAAUGUAGAAUGGUGUUCGGGAAAUGCAUUUACGAAUAUGGUCAAACAGAAUUCGAAAACUCUGGUAGCAUGUGAAAUCAACAAUAAAUCAAUUGUUCUUGUAAACGGAUAUGUGAUCAAGCUGUAUAUCAACACAACCGGACAUAAAUUUUAUCGUUUAACUCUACCUUACGUUUACCUACAUACAUUCGAAUUCUUUACAAUUCAAAUAAUAACAGUUUAACAAACAGGGGUCAGAUUUUGAACAUCUACUGCACAACCUAUUUUAAUCAGUUUACAAUUACAUUACACUUACUGUUUAGAAAUUGUUCCACGCAUCGAUUUGAGUAGAUAUAACUAUAUGUAUAAGAUAAUCGGAGGUUCAAGUUUCAAUUAAUAACGAGCAAUGUCUAGUAUUCCUUGUUUUCUAAGCCACUAUCAUGGUUUCCUCUAACAGAGACGAAAGUUUCGCAACCAUAAGUUCACGGAUUUCAUUCGAAUUUCACUCUUAAAAAAGUGUGUUCACGAUUAAGAAUCGAACCGACCCACCGACCCCACGUGGACAUAAAUCAGUAGCUGCCAAACCGUUCUUUUAGUGCAUAUAGUUGCUUUUAAGAAAUUUUUUACAAAUAUAUACCGCGUAAUUUGAUUCUAUCCCUAAUUGUUCAUGGCCUACUUUGACAAAAAAUAUAAUCAUAACUUUUUUUUCUGAAGAGAUAGAAAUUUUUUUUCUUCGCAAACUUUUAGAACUAUUAAAAAUAAUUUACUUUGUCAAAUAUACCAAAAAUGUAGCUCGCACCGUUUCGGAUAUACAAAGCGUUUUUGUGGCAACCCCCUUAAAAUCAACUUUUUUAUUCAUAACUUGUUUCAAGUUAUUUUUUUUGCAUACUUUGUUUGGAAUAAUUGAAGAAAAUAAAAAAAUCCAUAUUUUUGUUGAAGGUAGUGCAUAGGUUUGUUGUUUCCUGGCAAAUUUCUACAACAUUUGACCUUUUUUUACCUAUGAUAAAACCUUACACCGAAGCGAAAUAUGCAACUUUAUGCAGCUGAUUUUUACAAAAUUUAUAGGAAAAGAUAUACCCAAUACUAUAAAAAAAUUCUAAGUGGAAUUCGAUGGAACUUUUUUUAGGCCAUUCCAAAGUUAGUUUUAGUUAUUGAAUUAUGACAACCCCCUUAAAACUAGUUUUCUAAUCAUAACUUGUUUCAAGUUAUUUUUUUACUUAUUUUGUUUGGAAUAAUUGUAGAAAAUAUAAAAUCCCUUAAUUUUGUAGAAGGUAAUGCAUAGGUUUAUUCUUUUGUGAAAAAGUUAUACAUCAUUUUACCUAUUUUUACCUAGGAAACCUUGUACCGAAGCGAGAUAUGCAACUUAAUGCAGCAAACUUUUACAGUACUUUUAGGAAAUUAUAUUCCUAAUCCAAUUCAUUUUAUAAUAAGAAUAUCCUGAAUUUUUUUCGUGUGACUCAUUUUCACUAUGGCCAUGCUGAAACCAAAAACGGAGGGCGUGACGCGUCUGCUAUUUCUGUAACUCACUUUUGCAGUGAGCGUAGAGAUAGGCAAUUCGUUCCUGAGCUAUUCUAGUGAAUCGAAUCUUUAAAAAGAGCUGAUAGCUCACAGCUCUUUUUAAAAGAACCACAGCUCACCACUUCACCGCACUGGUAAGCAGGGAUGAUUUAGAUUAAUCUGUGUUCCACAGAUUUUCAACCUUUUACACAGAUUUAAAAAGUGGCACAGAUUUUCACAGAUUUCUGAAAAUGGUCACAGAUUUACACAGAUUCUGAAAUCGAUCACAGAUUUUUGAAAUUGAUCACAGUUUAGCACCAAAAAUUACAGAGCGUUACGAAAUAGUGAGACCUUUUUUUUGCUUACCAAAAUGAUUCGGAUUAGUUAUGAUGGAAACGGGGAAACGUGCACAGAUUUUGCACAGACAGGUUUUUGGCUUGAUCACAGAUUUUUUAAAAAAUGACCUCGCAUCCCUGCUGGUAAGGUGGAAACAAGCUACAAGCUGAACGGAUUUUCGGCUCUUGAAGAGCGAGUUAUAAAUGAAAAGAAAUGUGUGCAUGAGCUUUUGUUCGUUUUUCCAAAUGUGUAUUUAUCCUUCUUCAACAGAUUGAAUGAGCCGUUGCCAAUAAGAAAUCUUACCUCUCACUCAGUAGGCUAAGGUACAUUCAGGGAUGCCACUUUUGCAGAUAUUCUCAAAUAUGACAUAAUAAUAAUUCGCAAACAAGUUAGUUCGCACAGCAUAGUUCUUUGUGCAUCAAUGAUUUCGAUCAUGCAUAUGAAAAAAAAAAAACGGCGCUCAAAACAAACCUUCAGUUCAAUUUAAAUGAGCUGAUGAGCUGAUUCAUUGAAUCGAAACCCUUUAGUGAGCUGAUCGGUUCGGAGCUGCUCACCGGUAUGAGCUGCUUCGCACAUCUCUAAGUGAGCGUCACCGAUCAAUAUAUCAUCUUAAAAAAACGUGUUACUUCGCGACAACUCAAUUUAUUUACACGUUUAAAAAUGAAAUCUCUUCGUAAAUAUGUAUUGAACUUUUGAUAAUUUUUCGGAUUUUCAAUAUUUAAAAGCCACUUUGAAAAGGACUAAAAGAAUCCACUUAGAUUUUUUAUAAUAUUGUUAGUUGUCAAAAAGUAAACAAAAUAAAAAUCCCAACAAUUUGUUUAAGUUGCGCGUGCAAGCAUAAGCAUGUUUAUGCGUGUUUACGCGCACUUUGUAGUAGAUACUUAGGUAAUAGAGGUAGAUUGUACGUAGAUAAAUCCAAAAAAAUUGUGUUUAAAAUAAAGUGAAUAUAUCUCAAAACAAAAAUUUUUUACACUAUUUAUAUAUUCAGCAAAAAUGCUUCAAAUAUUUUUUUCUUCAAAAUGAAUUAUUCAAAAUUAUUUUUAUUCAAAAUUGGUGCUACCCCCUUAACAAAAGUUGAGGUACCACUUUCAAAAGAAGCGUAAUAUAAUCUUGUAAAACUUCUUCGAAGACACGUUAGUUCUUAAAAAUCAGUGAAAGUCAGUACAGACUUUUGACCGUCUUUUUCCUGUUUUGGAGCACUGUGCGACCGGCACUCUGUUCAGCUCGAUAAUGCCGCACAGGUAGUUGCUAUGCACAUCAACAAGUGGAAAUUUCGCUGUUUCUUCGUAUUUGAGAAAAAUAUCUAAUCAAUAUUGUGUAAGUACUUUACUACCCAUAUGGAAAAUCGGCAUGUCGAGAAAAAGACGAUUAAAAUUUUAUUUUAGAAUUUUUUGAUUUAUUGUGCUACCUAAUGCUAAAUUAUGGUAUUAUUACAUGAAACAUCGAUAAUACACCUUUGCUAUUCCAAUAUUGCAACAAAUGGAAUUAUUGAAAUUUACACUGAAUGGGACUGAUAUGCGGGUACUUCACAUAUGGGACAGACAUGACCUCAACUUUUAUUGCAAUUUCUGAGAGUAUAUUGAGGAUAGUUUGCAUUCCUCAAGCUAACUCAAUAUUGGCGAAAAUCGAUAUGGGACUGAUAUGCGAGUAUGGGCAGUUUAGGGUAUGGAUGAAUGAAAUGAAUAGUGUAUAGAUGAGAGUCCUGUGGGAUGCUCGAAAUGAUUCAGAUAAUUUGUUUUGAAAGUGAACGAUUUUUUUUUCAAUUAUAGACGUAUUAACCGCAAGGUCAUUCGAAUCUUAGGACCAGAAAGCAGUGAUUUGGGAUAGAACCCAGGUGGGUUACGUGAAAAGCAUCGCUUAUCCCAUCACUCUAUAUAUCACCGUUCUCUUUGAACUACUUUUAUUUGAUUCGUAAGAUAUGAUUCUAUAGAUUUUGCGAAACUGUACAUUUUGACACUUCAUUUGCGUAAGCAAGCCUUAUAGAACAACUCCCGAAACAGCUUCCAUUAAGUCUAUUAUUUGAUUGUUCAUGCUUGAAAUACUUUCAUAACAUUAUGUGAUGUUGUUCUGGAUAUUUCCGAAAGAUUUUCUCUAGUGGAACUAUUUUUAGCUAAUUUUUGUUGGAAAAAAUUCUUGAAUUCUAGAAUUGAAUAUUGCGAGUACGAUCAAAUUGGUUUCGAAGCCAGUUAUGAAUUAUUUGAAAGACAUAAAUGCUCUGCUUACUGAAUAAAAGGUAUGGUAACCUUCAAACAAUGCAUGAAAGAAGUGAUAUUUGAUCCACAUUCUUGUUCACUGAAAUUACCCACAUCACGAUUAUGAAAAAAAAAAACAAUAAAAGCAUUUCAAUUUCAUUAUUGGAGCUGGGUAUUCGAAAUACGUGCAUGUUAAGCCAGUAAAACGAAUCUCGAGCAACCAUCAACCGAGCCAACCCUUAUA